GGGUGAGUGGUCCCCGGGGGUGUGGCGACCGGUUCUGGUCGGCUCCGGAGGGUCGCGGCUUGGGGGCUGGAGAGCCGGGCGGUACCGCCCCAGGGCGAGGCGCUCGGGGACCCCUCGGCCUGAGCCGCCAGCUGUGCGCGCCCCUCGCUCCGCCGCAGCCGGUGGGCCUGGGGCGCAGCGCAGGUGUCCGCAGGUUGGGCGCCCGCUGCAGGUGAGGCCGCUGCAGUUUGGUUGAGCCGGUGGUGAUUCCGUGGGUGGAGGCCGGCGGUGUGGACGGCGCAGCAUGGACGACUACAGCGUCCUCCGUGUCAUCGGGGAGGGCUCCUUUGGCAGAGCACUGUUGGUCCAGCAGCAAAGCAGUAACCGGAUGUUUGCCAUGAAGGAAAUAAGGCUUCCCAAGACUUUAUCUGAAAUGCAGAAUUCUAGGAAGGAAGCUAUUCUGUUAGCCAAAAUGAAACACCCCAAUAUUGUUGCCUUUCAAGAAUCAUUUGAAGCUGAAGGACAUCUGUAUAUUGUGAUGGAAUAUUGUGAUGGAGGGGACCUAAUGCAAAAGAUCAAACAUCAAAAAGGAAAGUUAUUUCCAGAAGAUAUGAUACUUAAUUGGUUUACACAAAUGUGCCUUGGAGUAAAUCACAUUCACAAGAAACGUGUGUUACACAGAGAUAUCAAGGCCAAGAAUAUCUUCCUCACCCAAGACGGAAAAGUAAAAUUGGGAGAUUUUGGAUCUGCACGUCUUCUCUCCAACCCCAUGGCAUUUGCUUGUACAUAUGUGGGAACACCUUAUUAUGUGCCUCCAGAAAUUUGGGAGAACACGCCCUAUAACAAUAAAAGUGACAUUUGGUCCUUGGGAUGCAUUCUGUAUGAACUCUGUACCCUGAAACAUCCAUUUCAGGCAAAUAGUUGGAAAACUCUAAUCCUCAAAAUAUGUCAAGGAUCCAUCAGUCCACUGCCAUCUCAUUAUUCCUGUGAGCUUCAGUAUCUAAUCAAGCAGCUGUUUAAAAAGAACCCGUCCCAUCGCCCUUCAGCUACAACACUUCUUUCUAGAGGCAGUCUGGCACGGCUUAUCCAGAAAUGCUUACCCCCGGAGAUCAUCACAGAAUAUGGCAAACAGAUAUUAGAAGAAACCAAGAGAUCUAAGCAUAAUACACCAAGAAAAGAUGGUAACAAUUUUGACCCCAGCAGAAUCAGGAUAGCUUUGGGAAAAGAAGCCAACACAAUGCAAAAGGAAGAACGAGGUAGAAAGUAUAGCUCUUCUGAUUUAGAAAGCGUUAAUGAAAAUUCAGUUGAAAAUGCAUUGAGGAAAAUCAACAGAGAAGAAAAAGACAAUAAAUCACCUCUUCCAAGGAAAGCCAAAUCACCAAGUUCUCACCGACGACAGUGGGAGAAGAACACAUCCACUACGGCUGUUAAUGCCUUGGAAAGAGCAUCCAUACUCACCUCCAGUUUAACCCCAGAGGAUGACAGAGGUGGUUCUGUCAUAAAGUACAGUGAAAAUAAUGCCCGUAAGCAGUGGCUCAAAGAGACCCCGGAGACCUUGUUGAACAUCCUUAAGAAUGCUGAUCUCAGCUUGGCGUUUCAGACAUACACAGUGUAUAAACCAGGUUCAGAAGGGCUCUUGAAAGGCCCCCUGUCUGAAGAAGCAGAUGCAGCAGACAAUGUCGAUGGAGGUCACGAUGCUGUCGUUUUGGAUCCGGAGAGACUUGAACCUGGUCUAGACGAGGAGGACACGGACUUUGAGGAAGACGACAACUGUGACUGGGUGUCAGAGCUGAAGCAGCGUGCUGGCUGGCAGGGAGCAACUGAUGGAUAACGCUCGGGAAAUGUGCCUCAGUCAUACUGCUUGGAUUUUUAAAUGAGUCAUUAAUGCUUGGAUCAUAAUUAGUUUGUAGGAUGAAUGUUUUCCCUUGGAAACACAACGAAGAGGGGAAGCUGUGAAGAUUAAAAUUGUCCCUGAAUAGUAUCACAGGCUUUACAAAACUCGAGAAGUCCUGUGAGGGUUUGAACUCAAGGACACAGGUGUGGUGGCAUAAUGGGUAUGAGCUUUGGGCUUUGAAGGUGGGUAGAACCGAGACUCAGACACUAGCAGCACUUACUACUUGGGUGAUCUUGAGAAAUGCUUAACCCCUUUGAGCCCGAGUUCCCACAGCCCCCAGAGGUGCUGACCCAGAGCAGAGCAGCUGCCCCUGAUGUUCUUUUCUUGGGUUAUGGUCUUUGCUUAUUACUCUGUAGCUCUUUUUCCAGUUCCUAAAGGUUGGAAGGUCCAAAUAUAUCUAAUUACAACAUAUAAUGUAUGCGUCUUUUCAAAAAGACCCAUUUCUGUUGUGAGCUGCAGCUCAUUUUCUGUGGUCUUCCCCAAAUGCCAGCUGUCCUCAAAUACAGCCCUUCCAGGACUUGCAGAGGAGCCCUGGCCACAGGUCCCACAGGAGGGGCGGGAUGGGCUAAGGCUGCAUGAGGGAAGGGGCCGUCCUGUCAAGGAGCAGGGGGGAGGGCCAAGGGCCAGGGUGGACAUAGGGAGUGUCAGGGACCAGGGAAAGUUGUGGGACCGAUGCUGUGUGUCCUUACAGCACACACGCAUGUGCCAGGUCCUGUCGUGGGUACCUCAUGGAUACUGUGAUACCUCAGUGGGGUGGGGAGAGUUCCCUAAAGAAGAAACAGGCUCAGGCUCCCAGGGACACGUGUGGGACCACUGCUAACGGGAAGAAUCGGGGUGAAAUAGUUGUGACCUGCAGUAGGAUUGUUAACCAGGAUCUGCUGACAUAUGGAAUACAUACAUCUUUUUAAAACUUGACCCGAUGUUUUCAUUUUAACACACAAACCCCAUGGUCUAGCCCCCGCCCCCACCCUAUUUACACUGACACAAAAACGCAUCUGUGUAGGGUUGAAGUCCUCUAAAGCCAAUAACACUUCCCUAGAAAUCUCAGUUUUAUCCUUUUGCCUUUCAUUCUUUGGUUGCUAGUUUGUUUUUUAGAUCAGAUUUUUAUUCUUUUAGUUGGAGAAAUACCAUAUUUUCUUGUGUUUAUUACCCUUUAACUUACAAUUAAAAAGUAAUUCAACAAUA